UAACUCAGGCUUUGUUUUUGGUGGCAGGGGAACAAGCUGGUUCCUGGAGAACGAAACACAGAGUAGUGUUUUCUACGUGCUUAUAUAAAAACCACGUGUCCUCUUCUCUGAUCUCAGGUCCUGAGUGAUCAACUGUUUUCUGAUCAGACAUUUCCCACAGGAAUCGAGCUUUCCGCCUCGAUUGACUCUGCCUGGACUGCUCCUGCAUCGACUGGUGCGGUCUGCUACACAGCGGCGGCUCAGUGCGGUCCCCGGUCCGCCUGGCAGACGCCUCCGCCGCCUUCUCCCCCAGCGCCGUGCUCUUUUGUCGCGGACCGUCUUUCUCCCACCCCGCUCGCUCCCUGGUUCUUUUUCUUUUGGGCGCCUCCAUCGGAACCGCCAACAUGGGCAAGAAGGAGGAAGAGGAGAUCAUCAGAAUCGCGAAGAAGAUGGAUAAAAUGGCGCAGAAGAAGAACGGGGCCGGUGCUUUGGACCUUCUGAAGGAGCUGCGCAGUAUCCCCAUGACUCUCGAGCUGCUGCAGUCUACCCGAAUCGGGAUGUCCGUUAACGCCAUCCGCAAGCAGAGCACAGACGAUGAGGUGACAUCCCUAGCGAAGUCCCUGAUCAAAUCGUGGAAGAAGCUUUUGGAUGAGCCUGGAGGUGGAGACAAACCUUCAGAUGACAAGAGGAAAGAGCAAACGACACCUGUUGUUUCUCCCUCGCAGGGAAGCCCAGAGGCAAAAGAGGAGAGCUCCUGCAGUAACUCCAGCAGCAAGAGCGAAACCACCGAAGUCUCAUCCAACACGUUAAUCAACACCUUUCCUCGUGCCCCCAACACCUCUGAUUCUAUCAGGGUCAAGUGCAGAGGGCUGCUGGCCAAUGCUCUGCAGACUGGCGAUGAUCAUAUUGCCAUUGGUGGUGAUUGUGAUGAACUUGGAGCGCAGAUCGAGGAAUGCAUCUUCCAAGAAUUUAAGAACACAGACCCGAAAUACAAAAGCCGUGUGCGGAGCCGGAUCUCAAAUCUCAAGGAUAUGAAAAACCCUAAUUUAAGGAGGACUGUGUUAUGUGGGAGUGUAACCCCUGAACGGAUGGCUAAGAUGACGGCUGAGGAUAUGGCCAGUGACGAGCUGAAAGAAAUGAGGAAGAACUUGACCAAAGAAGCUGUCAGGGAGCACCAGAUGGCCACAACUGGAGGCACUCAGACCGAUCUAUUCACCUGCGGCAAGUGCAAGGGGAAGUGCUGCACCUACACACAGGUUCAAACUCGCAGUGCUGAUGAGCCAAUGACCACGUUUGUCUUCUGCAAUGAUUGCGGAAAUCGAUGGAAGUUCUGCUGAAUCUGCAGGCUUCGCCCUCAGCACUCUGACAAGUAGCAAAAUUCCUGGACCAGGUUCUGUCUCUCUGCAACAGAUUGGAGCUUUGUAUUUUGUGACACAUGGUACAUUAAGUGCCAUACAAAGAUGCCACUGCAGUUACCGUUUGAAUAAAUAUCCUGAUCAUAGAUUGGAGCUCAUUGUCAGUCCCCCAAUGCCCCCAAAAAGUCUUUUGCUAUUGUUAUUAGUUGUUUCUCACCGUCAGAUAUAUAUACGAUCAAUCUUGUCUCAUUCUCUUUUAUCUGCAUUUUUUAUAUGUAGUUUUAACACUUUGAACAAUUUUACUAUGUGUUUCCCUCACAACAUUGCAUUGUUUUAUUUAAUUUCCCAAUAAAGUGUAAUCCAUUUGAUUAAAUAGAAGUGCUUUUCA